AUGCCUAUCUCCCAGACGCCUAAGAAGACAACAACCAAAAGCAGUGUCGCCAAUGAGACACCCCAGAAUGCAGUAAAUUCUGUCCCCCACGACGAUACUCAAAUUCAUCGCUUACCCGUUUUCAUCUCUAGCCUUGGCUGCAUGACACACGUGGAGGACACAAAGAUCUCCAUUUUUGAGAAGCUUCAUAAUAAGAUGUCCAAGAACGCAAAGUUCACCGAAACCCAAAUUAAGAGGGCAGAAGAGGCACUCAAGACAUCCAACGAAUGGAAGAAAUGGCGGUCGGAUAUGGUCUCAAAGAGCUCGGGAAUAAUUUCUCAGAAUAUAUUUUUCCGCAUGCUUCAGAAAGCUCAAGAGGUCCUUCAAGCACAAUCGACGGCAAAGACACGACAGGCUCAGAACGUCUUCAUUAAUAUCGGAACAAGGGUGCCCAAGUCCGGGAUUAGUAAUGAGGAGUACGCGGAAGGCCUGAAGCUUUUCAAACCCGACUUAGCUAGUAUUGCCAUCGAUGUCAACAAGGAAAAUGUGAGGUUUUGCGAUAUGAAGACAACCUGGGAACUCAAGAAAUCGGCCGAUCAGACAUAUGCACAAUCCGAAAUACAACUCUCUCUUUUGAGAUGCAACCAAGUGUUCCGAGACGACCCAUUUCGUCACUUCAUAUACUCCAUCUACGUCGCCGGCAGGACAUUGCGUCUCUAUCAACUGAACAGAGGGCAGGUGCUGUGUUAUGAAAGUGGGCUUAAUAUCGAGCAGAAUACAUUGGGUUUUCUGCGCUUCGUCAACUGGCUCAUGCUGGCCAGUGACGACGCCCAGGGCUUAGCAAAGGAACCUUCUGCAAUCGGUCGAAGAGCCAUCAGCUUCACUCCUGCCGGAUGUAAGAUACCAUCGCCACUCGUGCGUGUGGGUGUCGACAUGGUCACGACACGCGGCACUACGGUAUGGGCUGUUAAAAUGCAGAAACCGAAGCCCAAAAAGAAAAAAUCAAGACAGUCACAGGCUAAAAAGGAGACAGAGAACUCACCUCCAGAAGAUGACGGUCUUGCAGCGCUGAAAAUGGCCUGGGUCUACGAGGCGCGCACGAGUGAAGCUGAUAUCCUUAGUGAACUUAGCGAUAUCGAGGAACUACCAAAGCUUUUUGAGUGGAAAGACGGACCUUUAACCACCGCGUUUGACGUUCUACCGGAGGCAAGACAUUCCAGACAAUAUCUCAAAAUGGGACCAAACUAUCGGUAUAUGGAGGUGACACACAGUACAUCCUCCGUCAUGGCCAACCAGACCCGGAAUAAAGAGGCUGAGAAGGGCUUGUUCAUGCCGGAAGUGAACGAGACCGCUAUCGAGUCAGCCGAUGAGCCUUUAUACGCGAGAAGACAGCGAUGGUACCUGGAAGAGUACUGUGGCGUUUCUGUGGAUACCACACCGCGUGGCCUUUCACAACAUCAAUACCCCAAUCCUCGAGGUGUUACUGAACUUGAGCGUAUAAAGGCUCUACGUUCUGCUGUACGUGCCAUUCGGAAAAUGUUUUGCAGGGAUCGGCCCGUUAUACAUCGAGAUAUUUCUCCAGCGAAUAUUAUGGUGACGUCGCCAGAUAUGCUGAACGGGGAGGGCGCCCCUCCACCCGGACGGCUGAUUGACCUCGACAUGGCUUGCAAACCGAAGCCAAAAAAGAAAAAAUCAAGAAAGCCACAGGCUAAAAAGAAUACAGAGAGCUCACCUACAGAAGGUGACGAUCUUGCAGCACUGAAAAUGGCCUGGGUCUACGAGGCGCGCACGAGUGAGGCCGAUAUCCUUAGUGAACUUAGCGAUAUCGAGGAACUACCAAAGCUUUUUGAGUGGAAAGACGGACCUUUAACAGCCGAGUUUGACGUCCUACCGGAGGCAAAACAUUCCAGACAAUAUCUCAAAAUGGGACCGAACUAUCGGUAUAUGGAGGUGACACAUAGUACAUCCUCCGUCAUGGCAAACCAAACCCAGAAUAAAGAUGCUGAGAAGGGCUUGUUUAUGCCGGAAGUGAAGGGAACCGCUACUAAGUUAGCCGAUAAGUCUUCGUAUACGAGAAGGCAGCGAUGGUACCUAGAAGAGUACUGUGGCGUUUCUGUGGAUACCACACCGCAUGGACUUUCACAACAUCAAUAUCCCAGUCCUCGAGAUGUUACUGAACUUGAGCGUAUAAAGGCUCUACGUUCUGCUGUACGUGCCAUUCGGAAAAUGUUUUGCAGGGAUCGGCCCGUUAUACAUCGAGAUAUUUCUCCAGCGAAUAUUAUGGUGACGUCGCCAGAUAUGCUGAACGGGGAGGGCGCCACUCCACCCGGACGACUGAUUGACCUCGACAUGGCUUGCAUAUAUGGAGACCCCCGUUCCGGAGCUCCCUGGCGCACUGGCACUUACCUUUACAUGGCGAUCAACAUUCUGAUGGGGGAACACUCUCGGCACAACCCAUGGCAUGACAUUGAGAGUGUCUUUUGGGUUUUGCUCUUUGGAGAACUGAAUCGGACUCCUGAAGGUGCGAAGGAACUAAAACGCAUUGCUUCCGCUGGGGCAUCCCAGCCCACAGAAGCUGAAAAAGGUGCAGGAUUGGGGUCCAGAAAAUUCAUUAUUGUAAGCGUUACCUGGAAUAAAUGGAUGGGCGAUAAUCGAUUACGUCUCUUCGGAAAGACAUCAUUCCCAGUUGUUCGGCUCAUACAUCGACUAAGGGUCGAACUCUUUGGAUUCGACGAACGAAAAGAGCCAGAUCAUUUAGCAACCUCAGAAGACGUCGCUGCCGCGGCGGGUAAAACCAUGGGUCCCUCCAUUAACUACGGCGCACACAGGUUUGCUGUCCCUGACGAGAAAAUUUGGGAGGAAGUUGAGGACGAGAUUGGGAAAGUAGAAACAGGCAUCGAAGGGCUUAGUUCGGAGGAAAAGGCCGAUAAGACUAGUCAAGACAAAAGCAAUAAUCCUACUGACAAAGAAAGCGUCGGGAAGUCGGAGAAAGACUUAGCUAUCGAGAGGCUUAAGCAGGCAGUUGCCACGAUCACAGAGCGCAUUGAUGGGUGGUUUGCUGAGUGUAUUGAGGACCUGGAAAAAGUUGAGCAGCAAGAGUAG